AUGCCUCAGGCGCAACCAGAGCUCAAGAAGUACCUCGACAAGCGGCUAUUCGUCCAGCUGAACGGCAGCCGCAAGGUCAUUGGCGUCCUGCGCGGAUACGAUGUCUUCCUGAACAUCGUCCUGGACAAUGCCGUCGAGGAGAAGGACAAUGGCGACAAGGAGACGCUGGGCAUGGUGGUGAUCCGCGGUAACUCGGUCGUCAUGCUCGAGGCGCUCGAGCGGAUCGGCGGAGACCGGGAUAAAUGA